AUGGAGGAGGAUGUGAUCCCUUCUCUGAGAGCAACUCUUGAGACUCAAGAUGACAUCACUGAACUCGAACUAUCUUUUGAAGACAACAGAUUGGAAGGCUCCUUUCUAAAGAAGGGCACUCCUUAUUCAUUUUGGGCUUUCUUCCCUAAUGGAGUCCUCACAGGCGCAAAAGGGUUUUCUCUAUCAUCCUAUGGUUCGGAAGUCAGCACAGUUGAGCCUUUUCUGAUCGAUGAGAAGAAAAUUACGGAAAAACACAUAGUAUUUUGGGUGGAGAAACGCUUGGCAGCUCAAGGAAUCAUUCCUGUGUGGAAACGAUAG